AUGUUCUCACAAUUUGAGGGAGCAAACGAAACGAGGACAACGGGCUUAUUUCCUCUAUUUCCUGUUCAUAGACCCUAUUUGAAGGAUGCGCAGCGAAGACGGGAAGAUCUCGUUACAUUUUCCUUCCCCAAAUCGAUCACCACUGACGACCACCUUUUGUCUGCUGGUUGUUUACCGUCGUUCGGCAACAAGCUUAGAAGACGAUUGUUGGGCCGGCGUCGUCUAUUCCAAAGCAUUCAUAAUGCAUUCCGACUCCCUCUCUCACCAUCUCACGGCCCUUCUCGCACGACGUCACUCUCUCCGACACACAAACUGGUGUCCUCCGCACGCGCCGUCGCUUCGCACCUUCACAGCACCGACCCAUCGCCGGACCACCCGAAGCAUACAUCGACCUCCGUCGUACCCCCACCAGACCACCAUGUGCACCGUACGCCGUUCGUCGAGAUGAGCCACGCCGAUGUCUCAGCCCGUCACUGCCAUUAG